GAUGAUUAAAUACAAAUAAAUACUUUGAUUCAGAUUGGUCCUCGCUCGCCGUUACCCACAAUCCUCUCCUCGGUCUUUCUGGAGUGAACGACAUGGCUGAUACUGAAAGUAAGGCGGCUCCCGCCAAUAGGGUGAGGCAGAGGAAGAAGCGGCCCACUGAUCCAGCCUUGAGGAAAAAGGUUGCCCCUACGGCCAGGAAGGUUGCUCCUCCCUCUGCCAAACCCAAGAAGGUUGUUGUGCCCUCAAAAAUCAAACUCAAAACCAAACCCCUGCCCAGGCCCAAGAAGAUAGCACCAAAGCCAAAAACUGAUGCAGGUAAGAAGCUCCCUGCUGUGCCUGAAGUCCUCUUGAAGCGAAGGAAAAGGAGGAGUGUUCAGAAGAAAACCAGGAUUACUGCUGUUAUCCAAGCCAAGAAAGCUCUGAAGGCAAAGAGAUUCAACAUCUUCCGUCGUGCUGAGAGGUAUAUUAAGGAGUAUCGCACCAUUGAGAGGCAAGGUAUCCAGCUGGUUCGUGAGGCUAAAAGGGAAGGAUCUGUCAUUGUUCCUGCUGAGUCCAAGUUGGCCUUUGUCAUCAGAAUUAGGGGUGUGAACCAGAUCCAUCCCAAGGUCCGGAAAGUGCUCCAACUUUUCCGCCUUCUUCAAAUCAACAACGGAGUGUUCGUUAAGCUUAACAAGGCCACCAUCAACAUGCUGCGAAUUGCUGAACCAUUCAUUGCCUGGGGAUACCCCAACCUCAAGAGUGUGAAGGAUUUGGUGUACAAGAGAGGCUUCGCCAAGGUUAAUCGCCGUCGCGUCCCAUUGACAGAUAAUAGAAUCAUUGAGGAUAACCUGAAGUCCAAGGAAAUCAUCUGUAUGGAAGAUGUUGUUCAUGAGAUUUACACCGUUGGAGAAGAGUUCCAAGCAGUCACCAACUUCCUAUGGCCCUUCAAGCUGAACAAUCCUACUGGUGGCUGGAGGAAGAAGACCACACACUUUGUAGAGGGAGGUGCCUUUGGUAACAGGGAGGACCAAGUCAAUACCCUCCUUGCUAAAAUGAUCUAAAUAAAGGGUCUAUUCA